GCUACUAGCCUGCUAUAUACUGCCAUCUUUCCUUCCCUGAUGAAUUAGAAUUACUGAGGCUCAGCAACCAAGUCUAGUCCUCGCAUCGUCACCAAUCAGUGGUGUGGAGCUCCGAUCAAUAUCUCACAUCCUUGGUAGCAAACAGAUAUCACCCCCACCAAGCAGUGGUCUUCUUCAUAAAAGCCCGUCCAUCCUUCAUUCUCUCUACCUAGAUCUGAAGCACAUUCGAGGAGCUGAAUCAGCAAGGUGGGUGUCUUUGGCUCCCUAGCUCUAUCUAUCAGUGCUUGGCUCAUUCACGACAAGUUGCGCUUCAUCUUGAACUCAACCACCCAUCAAUCCUUCAUUCAAUCCUCAAGCACAAUCGAAGAGCUGAACCAGCAAGGUGUUUACAUGUAUUAAUGCUGAACCUGUUAUAUCAGCUCUGCAAUUGCCAAGCUUAUUUUUUCAUCUCAAGAGCUAGGCAUGGAUCUUGUAGCCGGGGCAGUGGGCAACGUCAUCGGCAAGCUUUGCGAGCUGCUCCAUGAGGAGUACAAGCUGCAGAAGGGCCUGCCUGAGCAAAUCGAGUCUUUGAAACAUGAGCUCGAGAGUGCGCAGACGGCUCUCAGCAAGGUGGGCGAGGUGCCGCCAGAGCAGCUCGAUCCCCAGGUCCGGCUCUGGGCUCGCGAGGUCAGGGAGGCAUCCUACGACAUGGAGGACAUCCUCGACACCUGCCUCAUCGAGGUGGCUGAUCCAGCUGAGAAGAAGGAUGGCCUGCUCAAACGUCUCCACAAGAAUAUUGCCGACUUGCUCAAAAAGAGCAAGGCGCGCCACACCAUCGCCGGCGCGAUCAAGGACAUGAAGAAGCGCCUCCAAGCGGUGGAUGAGCGCCGCGACAGGUUCUCUGUUGCGGUGUCGCAACCUGCGUUGCCAACGAAGCCGGAUCCUCGCCUUGCGGACAUGCACAAGGAAGCGGCGCAGCUCAUCGGCAUCGACAAUGCGAGGGCGGAGCUCAUAGCCAUGCUUCAGCCUGAUCUCAAAAACAGAAAAAGAAAAAGAAAAGCCAUGCUUCUGCCGGCGUCUCACGGCAAUGCAGAUUCUGACGUCUCUGGCAGAAGCAGCAACAGCAGAAAGAUGAAGAUAGUUUCUGUGGUUGGAGUUGGGGGACUGGGCAAGACGACUCUUGCCAAGGCGGUUUACGAUGAGCUUGGUCCACGAUAUGAUUGUGGAGCCUUUCUUUCCGUUGGCCGGAAACCUGACCUGGCACAAGUCUUCAAAGAAAUCUUCCUUCUUCUCGACAAAAAGGAGUACAAGGCCAUUCGUGAUGUAAAGAACGAAUCCCUGCUUAUUGGAGAACUCCGAAAAUUCCUCCAAAACAAGAGGUACUUCAUCAUUAUUGAUGAUGUAUGGGACAUACCAACUUGGAUGACAAUUAAAUCAGCCUUUGUUGAGAAUGAUAGUGGAAGUAGAGUAAUCACAACUACUCGCAAUCGAGAUGUAGCCAGUAGGGAGGAGGUUUACGAGCUACGCACACUUUCCCCUGAUCACUCAGAGAAAUUAUUCAAAACGAGGUUGUUUGGUGUUAAUGGUGAAUAUCCUGCUAAUCACCCUGCUGCGGCAUCUGAAAAGAUUCUGAAAAAAUGUGGUGGUAUACCAUUAGCUAUCAUCACAAUGGCCAGUUUGCUGGUGGGUAAAUCAAGAGAAGAUUGGUUUGAUCUGUGCAACUCUCCUGGUUUCUAUCGUGGUAACGGUAACCAACAAGUAGAUGAUACUGAGUGGAUAUUGUCUCUUAGCUACUAUGAUCUGCCUUCUUAUCUAAGGACCUGCUUACUGUAUCUAAGUGUGUAUCCAGAAGACUAUGUGAUUGAGAAAGAUUCUUUGAUAUGGAAAUGGAUAGCUGAAGGUUUCGUGGAGAAGAGAAGAGGAACCAGCUUGUUUCAGCGGGGAGAGGAAUACUUCAAUCAGCUCAUAAAUAGAAGCAUGAUCCAGGCGGUCGAGUCAGGUUACACAGGCAUAGUAGGUGGCUGUCGUGUUCAUGACAUGGUGCUUGAUCUCAUCCGUGACUUGUCAUAUAAAGAAAACUUUGUGACUAUCUCAAAUGAUGAUGAAGGAACAUCACCACAUCAGAACAAGGUGCGCAGGUUAGCUCACCAGAAUAGAAUUAUGAAGCAAACUCAGCAGGACGAUCACAUGGACAUGGCACAAGUGAGGUCAUUUGUUGCCUGUAGGUGUAAUAUUGAUAGUCAUUGGGUCUUGCAUCCAAGCUUUAAACUCAUGCGAGUGCUAGAUUUAGAGGGAUGCAGAGUACCUUGGGAAGGCUGGCAAGGUCUAAAGGACCUUGGAAAUCUACUUCAUUUGAGGUACCUUGGUCUACGAAAUACAUUUUGUGGUAGUUAUUAUGAGCUCCCGGAAGAAAUAGGAAAACUGAAGUUUCUACAAACACUUGACUUGCAAGAUUCUGGCAUAGGGGUACUGCCAUCAGGCGUUUGCCAAUUAACGCAGCUGGUCUGCCUAAGUGGUGACUUCGAUACAUGCACGCCGAAUGGGUCAUUCCUGAGGAAGGUGACAUCAUUAGAGUACCUGCGUAUACGUAUUGAUAACCUGGAUGAGGAGUCCCAGCGGCAAUUUAUGAAGGACGUUGGCAACCAGAGCGAAGUUAGGGUGCUCGACAUUAUUGGCACGUUGAAAGGGAUGGUGCAGUCAGAUCUAGUGAAGUCACUAGGCAAUCUCCACAAGCUCCACAAGCUCCACAUCUCUGGCAUUUGGGACAGAGGGAGCGAAGUCAGGGUGCUCGACAUUAUUGGCAUGUUGAAAGGGAUGGUGCAGUCAGAUCUAGUGCAGUCACUAGGCAAUCUCCACAAGCUCCAGCAUCUACGAGGGGUGGAUGAUAAUGGUAAUGGUGAAGCCGCAAUGAGGAAGUGGGACAGAGUGGUGCUUCCGCGGCAUCUCCGGCAUUUGGGUUUAGGUUUUAUAUCAUUCCGUCAGCUGCCAGCAUGGAUUAGUCCCGCGCAUCUCCCCAUCCUCCGCUACUUGUGGUUGCGUGUGGAACAUAUGGAUGAGUCAAGUCUGCGAAACUUGGGUGGGUUGCCAGAGCUCCGUUACCUCGGGUUGUCAACGGCUCGGCCGUCGAUGGCUUGCACGGCAACUUUAGCUAAUAUUACUGCGGUCGAUGGCUUCUUCAAGAAGUUGAGAUUUUGCUUCUUAUAUGGCUGGAUGGUCCAGUUGGUGCUCAAUGAGGACUCCACUGGUGUUUCAUUUAGCAUCUGGAAUGGGAUGGGUGUUAUAGCCUUUGGUUCCAAAACAAAGGACGAGUACAGUAGAUCAAUAGCACCACCACCCGUGAUGCCGAACCUCCAAGAACUUUGGUUUGACGUUCCCGUUAGGGCCUUAUAUAAGGAUGGAAAUGGUAGUUGCGGUGAUCUCAGGCUGGAGUGCCUCCCUUCGCUUCGCAGUGUCCAAAUAGCUGUCGACUGUGAGGGUGCCUCUGCUGAUGAUGUGGAGAAGGCAGAGGCUGAGCUGAGGCACACAGCAAAUCUCCAUCCCAACCGUCCCAGAAUCGAACUCCAUCACAAUGAACGACGCAAACAAUCGACAGACCAAGACGACAAAGAGGAAGGCGGGGCCUCAGUAGCUGGCAAUGAAGUUGUUGUCACGGAGUCAGGAGGCGACAACCCCGCGACACCCAGCUGUUGAAUCUGUUCAAUGCAAAUCAGUCUUGCCUCUUCUGCAUGCACAUGAAGAAGAUGUGGACAUAUUGCGCACACUGUAUGGAAUAAGCAGCCUAUUCACAUUCCUCUUUGAGGCAUCACAAUUUGUUAAUUACUGGGCAUUAUGGGAUAUGUUCAUUUCUGUGUUUUAGUAGGAAAGGAGAAAAACCCCAAGUUGAAGGUGAGCAAAUACUAGAAUGUGUGGAUAGCUGGCAAAUAGAUCGAACCUCUUUUUAGUGCAGCGUGUACACCUCCACACAUUGACUAUAUGUGUCUCUAGUCUCUAGCUUCCUGUACAACGCCACACGAUACACACAAUAGUCCAUUCAUCGUGGCACUUAAUUAGUUAUAGUGUAUUUGUUGUUAUACCUGGUAGGGGUAUUUUAGUGAAGGGGUAUCUCAUGGUUAGAGUGGUUUGGAUCCAACCUCUCUUCAAUGUGGCGGUGUGCUACUCAUGGGAUUCCAUCCUUGCAAAUGGAGCUAGGAUCUUGGAAUUUGGAAUAGGUACGCCCCUGU